AUGUCCACCACGCUCAGCGCGCAUCCGAACCCCAACCUAGGCCUCGGCCGUCCCCGUUCGGGUCGAGGCGCGUCCUCGUGCGGGCACCCACGCGAGUCGUCCGCCAGUUUCAAGUUGUUCGAUCGUACGUUCAAAAGUCCGCCAUCCUUGUCUAGGGCUCCUAUGAACGAUCGUCGGUGUUGUCAACCGUGCAGCUGCUCAAGUACAAGUCUUUAAAGAAGCCUUCUCGGUAAGCCGUUUCCCCAGAGUCCCCUUGAGCCCCGGAUCGCUCAACCUCCUUCAACUCGCACCCCACUGAGCCGCCCUGCACCUCUCUCACCUUCUCAGCUACUCGACACCAACUCGGACGGCUACAUAACCCCCUCGGAUCUCUCGACCCUGUUGACCCAACUCGGCCAACCGAAUUCUGAAAAGUCGAUCGCUCAACUUUUACACUCGACGGGUUUGGGCCCGGAGGAGAUGAUGGACGCGAAGGACGGGGGGAAGGGGAUCAACUUUACGAGUGAGUCUUUGUGUGGAGUGCGGGUCGUGUUCGUUGGGAAAUGCGAGGAUACUACUCUGGGAUGAUGAUCUAAUUCUCGUAUUCUUGACGGACCCAACGCGUUCACGUUCCUUCAACUUGGCUCCUCUGCUACCGCCCGAUCGCAGUGUUCGUGACGAUGAUGGUACGAACAAGAUAUCAUCAUCCUCGUUCUGAACCUCCUGCGUACUGAACUCAUCAACUUCCUCAUUCCUCCCUCAAAAGGCCUCCCACCUCUCCCCCCUCUCUCCAACCUCGGACUUGAGCGAAGCUUUCUCUUCCUUCGAUCCUACUCACUCGGGCCUCAUCCGCGGUCGCGAUUUGCACGCACUCAAAAAGUGUUUGAAGGAUGAGGGGGAUGGGAUGAGUGAGCAGGAGGUAGGGCCAAAACCCUCUUCGUUGUGAACUCACGGGAAAGGAAGGGGGAGAAGAACGUAGCAAGAUGCUAACUAACCGAUCCGAACGAUUUAAUUCUUUGGGUGCGUCUAGAUCGAACGCCUCCUCUCAGGCCCGUUCAUGGAUCGUGAUGGCUCGUUCAGGUAUCGCGAUUUGUGUCAGACCUUGAGAGUCACCGAUGGAGGGGACGAUGAGUAG